ACGUCAUUACCAAGUAUUCUAAGUCGGUUCCGUCGCAAAGUCCCUAUAAAACAUAUAUCAAUCCCUUCAAAUUUCUUCAUCCAAUUUUUCUUAUCUGCUUCGCCCAAAAAAAAACUAUUUUUUUCCGUUUCCAGUCUAUAACGCUUUUCAAUUUUUCUUCCACCGUCUCUCUAACACAAGAUGCAAAUAUUCGUGAAAACUCUAACUGGGAAGACCAUUACUCUUGAGGUCGAAAGCUCCGACACCAUUGACAAUGUUAAAGCAAAGAUUCAGGACAAGGAAGGAAUUCCUCCAGAUCAACAGAGAUUAAUCUUUGCUGGUAAACAGCUUGAAGAUGGACGAACUCUUGCUGAUUACAACAUUCAGAAAGAAUCUACUCUCCAUCUUGUGCUACGUCUUCGUGGUGGUAUGCAGAUAUUUGUUAAGACUUUAACUGGCAAGACAAUCACUCUGGAGGUUGAGAGCUCCGACACUAUUGAUAAUGUAAAGGCAAAGAUUCAGGACAAAGAGGGAAUUCCCCCAGACCAACAGAGAUUGAUAUUUGCCGGUAAACAGCUUGAAGAUGGUAGGACUUUAGCUGACUACAACAUCCAGAAAGAAUCAACUCUCCAUCUUGUUCUUCGACUUCGUGGUGGUAUGCAGAUCUUUGUGAAAACCCUUACUGGCAAAACCAUUACCCUUGAAGUUGAAAGCUCUGAUACGAUUGAUAAUGUGAAGGCAAAAAUUCAAGACAAGGAGGGAAUUCCUCCAGAUCAGCAGAGAUUGAUUUUUGCGGGCAAGCAACUUGAAGAUGGCCGUACCCUUGCAGACUACAAUAUCCAGAAGGAAUCAACCCUUCACCUUGUUCUUCGUCUGCGUGGUGGUAUGCAGAUUUUUGUGAAGACCUUAACUGGCAAAACCAUUACCCUUGAAGUUGAAAGCUCUGAUACAAUUGACAAUGUGAAAGCGAAGAUUCAAGACAAGGAGGGAAUUCCUCCAGACCAGCAGAGGUUAAUAUUUGCUGGUAAACAGCUCGAAGAUGGUCGUACCCUUGCAGACUACAAUAUUCAGAAGGAAUCAACCCUUCACCUUGUUCUACGUCUGCGUGGUGGUAUGCAGAUUUUUGUGAAGACCUUAACUGGCAAAACCAUUACCCUUGAAGUUGAAAGCUCUGAUACAAUUGAUAAUGUGAAGGCAAAAAUUCAAGACAAGGAGGGAAUUCCUCCAGAUCAGCAGAGGUUGAUUUUUGCGGGCAAGCAACUUGAAGAUGGCCGUACUCUCGCUGAUUACAAUAUCCAGAAGGAGUCUACACUUCACUUGGUGUUGCGUCUCAGGGGAGGAAUGCAGAUUUUCGUAAAGACCUUGACUGGUAAGACAAUCACAUUGGAGGUGGAGAGUUCUGAUACCAUUGACAAUGUGAAAGCAAAGAUCCAAGAUAAGGAGGGGAUUCCACCUGACCAGCAAAGGUUGAUUUUCGCAGGAAAGCAAUUGGAAGAUGGAAGGACUCUUGCAGAUUAUAACAUUCAGAAGGAAUCCACUCUCCACCUUGUCCUCCGUCUUCGCGGUGGUGAUUAUUGACAGGUUGUUGGUGUUUGUGGUUGUCCUCCAGUAUGCCAAGGAUAUGUUUUCCAAAUUCUCGUUCUAUUGUUGAAGUAGUUCUUUUCUUUAUAUCGUUGUCAUGUUGACUGUUCUAUCAUCAGUUAACACAGUUAACUGCAGUUGUGUGGUUUAAGUUUGGAUGAAUUGAAACCAUGAACGUCUAGUAUGUAUGUUUCUUCUAGUAUAAAUUGAAAUCAUGAAUUUCGAUAAAAAAA